GCCUGCCCCCGACACAAACGUUACAUUCAGCAGCCCAGAGGAAACGGAAAAGACGAAACACUCGGGCCACACAAUCCCAGACUUCAAACCCAGAACCGUGGAAAGAACUCCGAGUUUCCCCUUGUUUUUUUUUAUAGAACCUCAACUUUGGACGGUUACAUUUUUACGCGCGCGGUUUUACGCACGGCCUGCCCCAGCUGUACGCGUCUGGCACGGCGGUAGAACGCGCUCGGGAGAAGGGGGAAGGCUAUAGACAUGUCACCCCAAACCCCGCAGUCUCCGGUGAGGGCCAACAUCCUCAAGUUCCUCAAGACUUUUCUGGGAAUCCUACGGGUUUUGCAGAUCGUAUUCGGCGCCGGAUUGUGGGUAACCAUCGCUGCGAAUAAAUACGAAGGCUCCAUCCACUUUGUCCUCUUCGUCGCGGUGCUUUUCUGGCUCCUCACGCUCGCUCUCUUCUUCAUCACGCUGUUGGAUAAGCAGGAUUUGGUGCCAGUAGUCGGGGGACAGAGGUGGCUCGGUACGAACUUGGCGCACGAUGUGGCCGCUGCGCUGCUCUACCUCCCGGCCAUCGGAGUCAUGAUCUACAAGACGGAGCGCAACGCCUACUGCAACCUGGACAAGUACCAGCACAUGUGUCUGUACAAGAUCUACCUGACGGCUGCUGUGUUCGCCUGCCUCGCUUGCGUCGCCUACCUCGUGUCCCUGGUGUAUUGCGCGUGCAGGAAAUGCCGAGGAGCGCAGACGGUCAUAUGAGGAGAUGUGGAGAGGGUCUUUACGCGCGGGACUAACCGGAUUUAUAGGGAAUGGAUUGAGGCAGAGAGGAGAGAAGAUGAGGGAUAGUUGAGUUCACUGUAUCUUCUAGGGGGAGGCAUUUCAGGUUUUUGUUCUUUUUUUUGUAACAUAGCAAAAUGGCCCUGUUGUUGUUCUCUUUUGUUUAUUUUGUUUGCUUAGGGUCUGAGAAUGGAAUCAAAAAGAGACACAAGAGGACAAUAGGAGGGCCAUUAAAGGUUAAAGGUUGAAUAGGGUAGUUUCAGCUGAAACUGGAGACAAUAGCUGUUUACAGUGUCAGUGUACAGUAGUUAGCCCCUCCCUUCAAACAGAUAUAAGACAGUGUCCACCAGCAAUCUGACCAGAACUGAAGAAGUGGUUUGGAUGAGCAGCGAAACAUCUUCACUCCUACAACGAUUUGUCCAGUUGAUAGAUUUAAACUUCGUCUUUUGCUAUGGCUCAAACCUGGACGACUGAGGGAUUACACAGACAUUUUUUUUGUAACAGUUUAUAUUUUGCAAUCUGGCUUUUGAAACCAGACCAUCAUGUUGAAAUUUAGUCCAUGCUGUUGUUCUGGACUGGUUUAGACCAUGGUUUAGUCCAUAUUUAAACCGAGACUUGGGGCACGUUCACACUUGCACAUUCAUUAAAUCAAAAUUGUGUCUUAAAUGGGACUAAACCUGGAACUAAACAAGGCUAAACCAGGACUAGAUAACAAGUCUACAUCUGGACCAAACAGGGCUUAGACCUGGUUUAGUCCUGGUCUAGUUGUUGCAUUCCAAAUAACAAUAAACAAAUCCUUCCAGCCAAAACAUUCUAAAACUUAACUGCGUGUUUCAAUGUUCUAAACAAAGUGUCAGCGGUUCUGAAUAACACAUGUGUAACUCUUUGAUAUAGGACCAAUAAUACAAAUCUGACAUUUUUUAGAGUGGAGGAAAUUGCACGGGAAGCAUUAAUUGACCACAUAUGCCUUGAAUUCUUUGUAAAUCCCCAACGAUUUUUACUAUCUAUCCAAAACGGUUAUGUGAUCUGAAGAUGCUGUCAUAAAUAUGUACUACACUCUGGUACUUACAAUAUAGUUUGAUCCAAUUCUUAAGCUAAUUUAUAACUAUGCAAACUAUGUGACCAGCAAAUGUAUUGUUUACUCUUCCUCAUUUUGUACUAAUUUUGUUUUGUUUUUUAAAGGUUCUAUGUUACGCAAAAUUGACUCUUAUGAGCUUUAAGCCAUGUUAUAAUACUGUUAUCUCCUCAAAGUUGGAGUUGUGUUUUGUUUCAUUCACACAUGUUUGAGUAAUCAUUUUUUAUUAGUCUGUCUAUAUCUCCAAAGCUCAAAAUGCACCGGUCCACCUUGUGAUGUCAUUAAGUGGAAGUUUUCAAGUUAACAGCUACAUUUUACCUUUAGUUCAGUAAAGAUUGGGUCUGAAAGCAUCUAAAUGAUUCUACUGAAGCUAGUGGAAUUUGAAAACACAGUGGAGCACUUCCUGUAGCACUUCCUGUACCACAUGACAUCACAAGGUGGAACAAACUGUUUUCCGUUUGAGAGAACUCAGCCUAAAUAUGCAGGGUUUGUAGGUUAAACAUGUGUGAAUGAAACAAAACACAACUCCAGGUCUGUUUGUGACAAGGAAACAACAUUAUAACAUAGAUCAGAGGAUAGUGUAACAUGGGCCCUUUAACUGCGGAUUUUUCAAAGUUUAUGUUUUUAUGUUUUUGUACUGUUUUAUUAUAACAUAGAAAGAAAACGGUAACAUAUUUUUUCUCAUGAAUUUGCAGUGGUGCUAUUGGCUGUAAUUGGAGAUAACAUUAUGUCUAGAGGGCAAGUUUGAACUAAGUAAAGUGUACUUUUGUGGCCCAGACGGAUUACUUUUUUUGGGCAUAAAUGACUGUUAUGAAGUUAUCCAAAUAUACGGUUAUGUUUUGAGUAAAUUCCAAGUGCCUCCUGUCUACAUCCUCUGUCGUAUUACUCAAAAUGAUCGACAAAAUGCUCAUGACGGAAAUAAAUGAAACGAAAGUA